UGUAACAACCCAGUGCAUAGUUCAUUAUUUAAGUGUUAAUCAAAAUUUACAUUGAAACUAGUUACCUGAAUUUCCUUGUCAACAGCAUAAUUGUUUUCAUUGUUCAUUCAUUCAUGUUUCUUUUCCUAGCCUGGUCAUAUAAUUAAUAGUGCUGACCAAUUUUAUAUGUUACAGACCAGCCACUAAUAUCACAUGCUUAGGCUAGAAUUAGUUUUCCUUCAUACUCACGAUUUUUACUCCAUUGUUAUUGUCAAAAUGUUCCUACUUCCGGUUUGAAGAUGGACAUUUGUCUCUUAAAGUUAAUGUCAUUAUUUAAGAAUUCAUAUAAAAUAAGUAGCAGCUAUCAAAUUAUAGUCCUGUUGUGCACAUUUCUGCCAAUUUUUGACAGUUAGAAUUGUUUAAAUCCAUUGCUUUUUGAUUUAAAACUCUCACACUUGUUUCUUAGAAAUAUACGGCAGCCAUCUUGAUUUUUACCGUGCCCGUUGCUAAGCAACUUCUGUCAAGCCGACUUUUAAAGUCCUUAAACAUCAUUUUGUGUUUAAUAAUUUGUUAAAGUGCUGAAAUGAAUCCAAUUCAUGGCAGAAAACGUUCCUUUGAGGUCAUGGAGUACGGACAGAAAGCAAGAAAGAGACCUCUCUUCUCAUGUAUACAAUAUGACAACAUAUAUAAAUGAGAGAUACAGAAUGGUUGACCAUGUGCAGAAGCACCAUUUUGCACUUAGUGAAGCACCAUUUUACUGUUCAAUGUGCUUGUUUCGGUGUUCCACUAGAGAGGCUUUGGUAAAGCAUGUCACAGACUAUAGAAGACACGCGCUUAUGUCAGCAAUGCAAGGAGGUGGUGAUCAAAGCAGGUUCCUGAUAGAAAACCCUCACCCUAGGGUUGUGAAAGAGGGUGUGGACUAUGAGGUGACUCAGCAAGGCUGCAGUGAUUCCGGUGAUCUGGUCAGUGUUAAAAUGACACCGCAGCUUCUUGCCAGCCUACUGAAUCGUGGUUCCAACGUGUCUGGAGAAGCUGUGGUUCCAUCGCCUCUUGCUGCCAACCUACCUUACACCCCUACAAGACCCGAAUACAAUAGGUGUGAAACGAGUACAGCGGUCACCGCGGAGCAAGACGACGUGGAACAGUUUGAAAUGCUACAAGAGCUAUUCCCUACGCCAUAUCCAGCCUCAUCAUCCCCCUGCUUAAUGCCCACAUUUCCAGCCUAUCAGCCUACACCAGUGUCUGCGAAUACCACAUCUGUGUUGGGAAUGGGGUUUCCCAAUUAUGUGCCAACGCCAGUUUCAUCUUCAAUGGUAGGAUGUCUGCCAUCAUUCACGACUCCUGCUCCUGCUGUCCCAGUGUCCAUUUCCAGGCUGAGCACCCCACUAUUGGAUGAGCCAAGGCGCCUACCUGUGAAGACAGCAAGUACUCAGACAGAGGCAGAACCACGCCGUGAAGAUAGUGUUCUUGCAACAGCGCUAUUCCAAAUAGAAAGGACUCUUGAAAGCUCUAUUGGGAAACUUGUGUCUGCUGUUGAAUGGAACAGCCGAGCAAUAAAGAACUUGGAGACUACAGUGCGAAAGCAAGGCGAAUCCAAACGAGGCAAUGAAGAUGGCUCUGCUGAAAACAUGGAAGCAAAACAUGUUUAAAAAUGAAUAUAUAUGUUUAUUGGUAAACCAUGCCAACAUAGUUGCCAUAAUCAAUUUGUUGAAAUUCUUUUGGGACAUUUGGCAUAUUGCUCAGAUAAAGUGUUCAUUUUGUUUGUUUUUAUGUGUUCAACCGAAAGUGUUCUACAUGUUUAUAUAUGACUGUUAUUCUUUGUCUAUUACUACAGUAGACUCUCUGUAAACCAGACGGUAUAGGGACUUUGCAUAUAACAUUGUCAUUAAAUUGCCAAUAUGCUAUUUAUAUGGCAACGGGAGUUUGCCAUAAAAGACAGGGGGGUAAUGUAACAACCCAGUGCAUAGUUCAUUAUUUAAGUGUUAAUCAAAAUUUACAUUGAAACUAGUUACCUGAAUUUCCUUGUCAACAGCAUAAUUGUUUUCAUUGUUCAUUCAUUCAUGUUUCUUUUCCUAGCCUGGUCAUAUAAUUAAUAGUGCUGACCAAUUUUAUAUGUUACAGACCAGCCACUAAUAUCACAUGCUUAGGCUAGAAUUAGUUUUCCUUCAUACUCACGAUUUUUACUCCAUUGUUAUUGUCAAAAUGUUCCUACUUCCGGUUUGAAGAUGGACAUUUGUCUCUUAAAGUUAAUGUCAUUAUUUAAGAAUUCAUAUAAAAUAAGUAGCAGCUAUCAAAUUAUAGUCCUGUUGUGCACAUUUCUGCCAAUUUUUGACAGUUAGAAUUGUUUAAAUCCAUUGCUUUUUGAUUUAAAACUCUCACACUUGUUUCUUAGAAAUAUACGGCAGCCAUCUUGAUUUUUACCGUGCCCGUUGCUAAGCAACUUCUGUCAAGCCGACUUUUAAAGUCCUUAAACAUCAUUUUGUGUUUAAUAAUUUGUUAAAGUGCUGAAAUGAAUCCAAUUCAUGGCAGAAAACGUUCCUUUGAGGUAUUAUUAUGUUGUUAUAUGUUUUUGCAUAUUUUAAAGUUGUUUUUACAUUACAAAUAGUCCAUACUUAUGAACAUUCUAUUUGAGCACCUGUUAAGAAGGCACAAAGAAUACUGUGUCAGGCACAAUUUUUGUUGUUGCAGACACACUGUGUCAUGUGUAUGGCACACUGCGUCAUGUGCAUGACACAGGGCACAGUGUGUUACUGGAAAAGUAUAAAUACCUAAGAUUUUCUGUGCCAAAAAUUCCAUUCCAUUGAUAGUACAACUCCAUCCUGAAUUUUUGUUAAUAACUCUGGUGCCAAGUUUAAUAUUUUAACAUAUUGUAAGUAAAUAUGCUCAGUACUACUUUACAGUAAAUAAUAAAGAAUAUAUUUCAUCAUAUGUGUAACUCUUUUGAGUUCCUUGC